CUCAUGCGAUACGCACCAAAAUCCCCGCACCUGUUCGGUUUGAGUCGUAGUGAAAAGAGAUAAACAAUAUAUUUCCCGAAGCUAGGGUUCUUGCAAACAAUGCACUUGCCCAAACUGGUGGAUCAUCUUCGGAACUGCGGCGCCCACAGGAAAUUUCUUAUUAGACUGUAUACCGUGACGAACACCAGCGAGUAAGGCACAACGUGCUAUGCCUGUGUUCGAGAGCUCCCUCAGAUAGGAUUGAAGUUGCAGCCGCAGCGAGGGUGGUAAUUGUCGUUCGUUCGAGAAUCGUCGUGUGGCCGAACGUGCUUCUAAUAUCGUCACGUCAAUGCACCCGAGUGUUAAUUUUAAUUUCUAUCGAGGAAUUACAUAAUGUACGUGCAUGAGUCACAGGGUGAUUAAGGGGGGGGACGUGCAAACGUCAAAAUCGCGCUGCGAUUUUUUGAUAUUUCAGCUUGGAUCUCUAUAAGAAUCUCCGAUUGGAUUGCAUUUGCAAUGAGCAGGGAAUAUUAUGCAACUAGCCAGUGAACAGAAAGGACACCACUAAGAAAUGGCAAUUUUUAAACUGAAAAUACUAAAGUGUAGGUGCACUAUUUCAUAGUUGUGGAAACUGCCAUCGUUUUGUUGUAACGUGUGAACCAGGUAUUUGAAUCAAUUGAACGAAGUAGCUGUUCGUGUCGUAUUUAUUAUUGAAAAAUGCCAGCACCGCCUCCACCUCUCUCAAGUUUGGCAGAGGCACCUAUGUGUGAAAAAACCGAAGUCAGUGAUGCAGAUUCCCUGCCUCCUUGGGCAAAAAUCACCCUCACAUCAGCAGAGGCAGAAAUUGAAAAGCUGAUAUCUAGAAAUGAAUUGAAAGACGCGGAGGUGACAUAUUUUUGUCAAGUGGAACCAAUUUUGCAAGAUGGACCACAAUGCGGUUUAGUAGCGCUUGCUAUGGCAUCGCAAGAAUACACAAAACCAGUUUCUGUGAGUCAACUCCUAGCCGAAGCUCGUGUAAGGGGUUUUACACAACACGGAGAAGUGUACAGUGUUGAUUUCAUGGGCACAUUAGCUGCUGAAUAUUUGCCUGACCAUAGACCAGAUAUCUUAGUAGAUUUACAACAAUGCCCAGAUACAUUGACGCAUGCUCUUGCCCAUGGUGCAAUGGUACUAAUUCCAUACGAUUCUGACUUCAAUCAUGCUCCAUGCUUAAAAAGAGGCCAUAAAGCUCAUUGGGCACUACUUGUGGGUCUAAUUUCAUCUAGACAAGGAUAUCAUGUCUUAGCGCGUCAUGGAAAAUCACGUCAUUUAGCUUGUUGGCCGUUGCGUGACUUAAUCGAGAGCAAUGGCAACUUGGAAGAGGAAGGAACAGCUAGACACGCUGGAGGAUACGUGAUACCAAAAGGAGGAGUUGGAGGUCAGAGAGGUUUGCGCGGUAGGGCAUUGGCGUUGCACCCAUACAUAUAAGACCAUGUGUACAAGAAUUGUAGGCAAUUAAUAUCACAGCGAAAGACAGAAAAAAAAAAAAAGAAUUACUAUUAUAAUAUUACCGUAUCCACGUUACAGUAUAUGGUAAAUAUUCGGAAGCAUAACGUUUGCACAGCUGCUACGGAAUUUAAUUUGUAAUGCUUUUAAGUAACAUGUGUUUCAACUCGCGAUGCAUUUUUUGAUCAACAUUCGAACCGGGGGAAUAUUAAUAUCCUCGAAAAUUCUGCAUUAGAUGGCCGAUAAUAUCAUUCGUUGAUAUACACACGCAGUGUAAAUAAUGAUUUAUUACGUACGUUUGAUUUUACAUGCACCCGACCGCGCGCAACGUUUUGAAAGAUUCUUUCUUUCGUUGUUUCGAUCGUAUCGAGCUUUUCCUGUGGUGCGACACGUGCUGAGCGCAAACGCGGGGGAAUAAAAUGGGCAUGUACACGUGUAUGAGAGAACAAACGCGCACGAGGCGAAAGAAAAUGUCUAUAAAGGAUAUCUGCAUAAAAUAAAUAUUUACAUGUAUUAGCUAGGAUUUAUCGGGAUCGUAACACUAGCCGGAACAAAAUAAAAAGAAGUCUAAGUAUAUUUGUUUAGCCGAGAAAUCGUAGGUUUUCGAACAAUAAUUAUGGAUCUUUGUUUUAUGUUAACAUUGUGAAUAAAGACUAAAUCUAUCUAUAGCAAGAGUCUCGCAAUUGCAUUUGAGGCAAUACAACUUAAUGUUCGUGUGUAUCGGAUUGUUGGGCGCAUUGCUUUUAAGAUGCGGAGUAUAUUACAUUUGUUAGACUAAUCUUACGAUGUUGUGCGAAUUAAGAAAUCUUUUAUUGUCCGAUAUAUAUAUAUAUAGCGAUCAAUUUACUUUCACAUUUAUUACAUAUCAUUCUUAUAUAAAACAACGUUUUUCAAGUUUUACUCAUAAUUAAUAAUUUACAAAUUACAAACUGCCUAAUAACAAUCUUCGAAAUUAUUUAUUUUAAUUGAAAAUCCUAUAUACAAUUUUUCCGUUAUUUAUCAAACUUCUAUUGAAUAGGAAUUGUUCUAGAAAUUUUUCCUUCUGCGAAUAUCAUGUAAAUCGAAGAUUAAAUUUAUCACUUAGCCACUAUAUCAAUCUCUUUAUUGAAACAUGUAUACGAGCUAUCGCUUGAAAAUCUAUAAAAAUUCAUUUUAGUCCGAAAAUCUUAGAAGCAACGCGCUUUAAGAAGAGAAUCUUAACUGUGUAGAAUUUUACGAUAUGCUUGUUUUACUAUGUAUUUACCGGCAUGUAAAGUACGAGCAUAGUCUUUACUAAUAUUGAUACGUAACGAUCGUAUAAAAAAAAGAAAAAAUUACAAAACCUUAGAGAUACCUUAUGACUGACUAGUCUUUUCAGUUGUGCGGUAUCUUAAGUGUGUUUUAUCAAAUUCGUCAGUUAAGAACGCGUAAAGCAGGUUCGAAAGAGAUGCUAUAUUAUUUGUAGAUUCCCUUGAGUGAUUUCAGAUCGAACGUAAAAUAACAGAGAGGCAAAAAAAAAGGAAAAAGAUUUAAAGAAGACAAAGGAAAAUAAUAAAAACUGUACCCAAGUGCCGCAAAGUAACAAGGUUCAUUCAUUAAAGGAACAAAAAAAAAAAAAGAAGGCGGAAAAGGAAAAACGAGAAUAAUUGUACACCGUGCCUAUUCUCACAUCGCGAAGCUCCUUCCAAUUUGUUGUCCCAUUGCAAUCAAAAAAGGAAAAAAUACUCUUGUAAACUAAAACGAACGUUACUUAUCGGUGCACGUUCAUCAUUUUUCUGUUUUCCGUGAUGUUUCUAAUGAUAAUCAAAAGAGAAGAAAAGGAAGCAAAAAAAAAAAAAAAAAAUUAACAUAUUUUUCCUGCUCUAACUUCGUAAAACUCGUAACGAAUCUCGUAAUAGGGG